CCAAGAAAAGAGCCAUAAUCUCUCCAACGAUCAUCAGCCUCUGUCUCACUUUUGUGCAUGGAUUGUUCCUGGGGAGGGGUGGCAUGGCAUGUUGAAAUGGUUUUGUCAUCUGACCGAGGCAGUCUGCAGAGUGACAAAUUGCUUUCACGUUUUGUUUACCCACUGGCUUCAUCAUUGUCUUCCAAGAGCUUAACAGAUUUGCAGUCGGACCGCCGCAGGUGUCGAUGUUUCUAAUGAAUGUGGCUCUGGAGACGAGGCUGCCGACUGCUGACAACUUGACACAUUAAACAGUCACUGAGACUCCAGUGAGCAACCUCCACCUAAAUCCCUCCGUCUCCAGUUAGCUUCACUCCUCCAAGCCAAUCAACUAGCAGCCAUGUCCUACAUCUCCAGAUCCUACGCUGGCCCCAAGACCAUGAGCGUGUACGGGGGCGCCGGAGGCCGCGGCACCCGCAUCUCCUCCUCCACGGCCGCGCUGGGCCUGGGCAGUGGCUUCAACCUGGCGGACGGGCUCCCCGGCGCCGGCAGCACCGCCGGGUUGGACCUCCACGUGGGCGCCAACGAGAAGGCCACGCUGCAGAACCUGAACGACCGGCUGGCCACCUACCUGGAGCGCGUGCGCACCCUGGAGAAGGAGAACCGGGAGCUGGAGCAGAAGAUCCGGGAGUGGUACGAGCAGCGCACCGUGGUCACGCAUGACCACUCGGGCUUCCUGGUCAGGAUCGAAGACCUGCGCGACCAGAUCCGUGCUCUUGCCCAUGGGAAUGCCAAGAUUGUGUUGUCCAUCGACAAUGCCAAGCUUGCUGCAGAUGACUUCAGAGUAAAGUAUGAGAACGAGAUGGCCAUGCGUCUGUCGGUGGAGGCGGACACGGCCGGCCUGAGGAAGAUCCUGGACGACCUGGGCCUCAGCCGCUCCGACCUGGAGAUGCAGUACGAGGGGCUCAAGGAGGAACUCGUCUUCCUCAAGAGGAACCACCAGGAGGAGUUGCUGGCGGCGAGGGCUCACGUGGGAGGCCAGGUGAGCGUGGAGGUGGACGCGGCUCCGCAGGAGGACCUCAACCGCGUGCUGGCGGAGAUCCGGGAGCAGUACGAAGCCGUGGCCGCCAAGAACCGCCGCGAUCUCGAGGCCUGGUACCAGACCAAGAUCACCACGGUGGAGCAGGAGGUGGUGACCCAGAACGAAGGCCUGAUGCUCAGUCGCACCGAGAUGAAGGAGCUCAAGACUACCCUCCAGAGGAUGCAGAUUGAACUGCAGUCCCACCUCAGCAUGAAAACGUCUCUGGAAGUCUCUCUGGCUGAGACGCAGGCGCGCUACUCAGCCCAGCUGGCCAACCUGCAGGGCACGGUGACCAGCCUGGAGGACCAGCUCGGCCAGCUGCACGCCAACAUCGCCAGCGUCAAGGUGCAGUAUGACCAGCUGCUCGACAUCAAGACCCGCCUGGAGCUGGAGAUCGCCGAGUACCGCAGACUGCUGGACGGAGAGGAACCGUGAGAGACUUUUUUUACAAAGCUGUCUACCUAGUAAAAUGUAAAACAUUGCAGCCAGUUAAACAUAAAAUCCUAAGUUGCCCUGCUGCCUUAAGUUAACUCAACUUGAGAAAUCUGCGAGUUGAGUUAAGUCUUGAGUUAAGUUAACUUACAAACGUAAGGCAGUAGGGGAACUUGUGUACUUUUAUAUGUUUAAAUGGCUUGCAAUGCUUUACAGUGUAGAUUCAAGAGUUUUAUUGCCAUUGUCGAAAGAAAGCAACGAAAUUGUGUUCGAAGUACAACUAUACUCCAGGCCGCUGUGUCUCUGUGCACCACCAUCUGAGUACUAGUGGUAGUACAAGUAGUACUUGUCAGUAGAUUGUAUAGACUUUCACAGCGACAUUUCCCAUGUGCACCAUGUGUACAUUUUCCACUGUCCAUGACAUUUGCCUCAUAGUAUCCAAGUUUUUAUGUGAUGAACCAUUUGUUCAUUAGUAUAAAUUCGACAAAGAUUGUCUUUGACGUACCUGUUCUAAAACAUUCAAUUUUUGUCUAUGAUGUAACCUGUUACUAACCUGUUGCUUGCUUCAUUUCUCCCCAUUUUCUUCUUCCCAGUGAAACUCAAAGUAAGUCAUUUUAUUUUAUUUUGAAUAUGUAAUACACAUUAUGCCUUCCUUACAUAGCCUUUGCCAUGUCAUUUCUGCGGUAAGCACACACAUAUUACAAGAAUUACAGUCAAAUAUAUGCGUCUGCUUUUAAUAUUAACUGUAUGCAGUAUGUACAGUAUGUAAUUGUUGGAAAUGACUAAUAGUAGUAGCCUAGUCGUCGUAGUAGUAGUAGCAAUUUAAGGCUGUAAAGUAGUGUUCCCCAGGGGGCGCUGGGGAGCCUGGGGUGGUGGGUGUUGACAUAGAUAAUGUUUAGAGGGGGCAGUGCUUAGUUGUCAUUGGGGGCAUUAGUCCAUUACAUUUUCUAAGGGACUUAUGGGCAGUCUUAUGAUGAGGUCAAGGGGCCAUUGGUAGGCUUAGGGUGAGGUCCAGGGGGCGUUUGUUCAAAAAAAGGUUGAGACCAACUGCUGUAAAGUUUUGCCACAUUAGCUGCAAUCACCUUGACCAUCCUCAUCAUCUCUCCUCCUCAGUUGUGACCAAGACCAUCACGGUGAUUGAGACCAUAGUGGAUGGGAAAGUGGUGGAGUCCAGCAAGACUGUGGACAUUGAUGUGCAGAGCGAUGACGACGACUGAAAUGUCAACAGUUUGCAAUUCGUGCAAUAAAGUCACGCUGCCAUUACACCUUAAAAAUGUCUAUGUUUUUGUUUGUGUUUUGUUCAGUCUUUGAGGGUUUUUUGUGGGUUUUUUGAUCGUUUGGCUGAUGAGCCAUGGUUUGAAACUGGCGAAUAUGAUGGUGAUUUCUUCUCUUCUACAGAUCCCUUGAAGAAAUCUACAAAUGAUACAGAAUCUGCAUUUUCUGUCAUUGUUCUGUUUGGCUGCUUUGUCAAGAUGACCUACAGUACCAGUAGGCUCUUAGCAUAGCAUAAACCCAAACCCUAACCCCUAGGGAUGAUAGUGUAGGCUACUGCUGUGUGUUGUAAUGGUUUGGCAGCUCAGUUUGAUGGGGAGCUCAUUUCAGCAAUGGGAAGAAACACAGACUAAGGUGCGGUUUCCACGUAGCAGGAUAUUUGUAUAGGUGGGUAUUUUUUUGUCCUGGUUAGGUGGAAACGCAACAUGGGGAUAAAUAUAAAUACUCCAUUGUAACAAAUGCGUUUUAGCCCCCUAAAUAGGAUAUUUUUAAAGCAGGAUUUUUUUAUAUCUGGAUUUUAAAAAUCUACUAUGUGGAAACGGAAUGCCAAAACCAAUGCAACCAGGAGAAAAAAAUAUCCAGAUAUAAAAAUAUCCUGCUACGUGGAAACAGCUUCUAAGUAGCAGUUGAUUACCUACAGUACUCGUCAUUUUUGGAGUGAGUCUGAGAACUUAAAAUCCAUUUUUUUUUUUACCUCAUGGUUCGAUCCAACAUGAGAGACAUUAAAAAACAAUUUAAAGGACUUUAAGUGUGCUGACUCCUCACUCUGGAAAUUACAGUCAGCCUUUGUCCUGCACCUUUUCCUGGGAUGUGGGAUCUUCACGUUCAAUACAGUACAUUACCCUCGUACCUGCCAGAAAGCAAUUUCCCGGGGUAACAAGUGAGGGGUUAGGUGUCCUGCCCAUCCCUUUGGCCUGUGCCUGUGCCGUAACUAAUACACCACAGAUGUCUCUUAAGAGGCAGGGAGAUUUCUCUGUGUCUGGCACUGGGUGUUUUUCAUUUACUAUACCGUACAGUAUAUCCAAAACAAGCAUACAUGCUUUCCAUGUUAUUUUACUCUGAAAACCAUAGUACUGCGUGCUUACAUCUGAAAAGAGUGCACAUUUGACAUGGAUUCGUUUGAUAUUUUUGAAUAGGGUUUCACUAUUGGGGUAUGACUUAACUUACAGAAAUAUCAAUUCUGAUCCUUUCACCAUGACAUGUUUCCUAAGUAUUGCCCCCCACACAAAAGCUGAGGUGACGAACUGAUACUGAAGUACAUACAGACCUUCAUCUGAAUCAGAAUAUUUUUGAUUAUGUCAGGCUCUAUCUUACUAAGGCAUGGCAUACAGGCCUUCAAAGAAAACAACAAAUACACAAAAUAAGACACAGUAGAAAGUGUAUGAGUAGUCCUGUUUAUUCACUCUCUGGUUACAGGUGAUGACAGACCUUGGGCAUACUGUAGAUAGUUGGAUGUUUCUCAUGCCUUCUUUGGUGAUUAAUUGCGUGGAGUCUCAGAGAAUGCAGGGUGGCGGAAUACUGUAGAACAUUCCAGAAUGUUCUGGAAUGUUUUACUCCACCAGGCUGGAGGAAGAGGACUU